GCAGGAGCCCGCGCCUCAGCCCCACGUGUGGCGGAGCGGGGAAGUUGCCGGCGGCCAGCUCGGGCUCUGCCCGUCCCUUCCCGUCCCUCGGUUCCCUGCACAGCUAACCCCUUGAGGGAGCAGUAAUUCUUCAAUCGCGUGCUCCAAAAGACCUUGGACUAUUUUCUGCUUCUCAACUCUCUUCGCCUCCCCCAUUUCGGUGAAGGGAAGAUCCGAAGAGGAGGAUGAGGCAGCUAAGAGGAAAACCCAAAAAAGAGACCUCCAAAGAUAAAAAGGAGAGAAAACAGGCAAUGCAAGAGGCCCGGCAACAAAUCACCACCGUCGUGCUUCCCACCCUGGCUGUUGUAGUGCUACUGAUUGUUGUCUUUGUGUACGUAGCCACGCGACCAAAUACAACUGAAUGAUGCAGCUCCUCAGACUUUCUAGCUUUGGGGUAUUAACCAUUUUAUCCAGCGCCAAGAGGAACUCUCUGUCAGUCUUUUAGUACUUUUCAAAGGAACUUGCUGGUAUUUUCAGUCUCCUUUGUUUAGGGUCCCACAGUUUCUCUUUAGGAAUGUAACAUAAAACGUAUUAGUGAAUGUGCCAGUACGUUUUAUGGUCCAGUUCAUGUGCCUUUCAGACUUUUAGAAUGGUGUUUUUCUUAAAUCUGUUUGAAGCUCUAUAUUGUAAAAGGAAAUCAUGUUCUGCUAUAAAUUUGUAAAAAAAAAAAAAAAAAAAAAAGCUUUCAGCUUUUAUCACUGAGUAUGGAUAAUGUUGCUCCCAUGAGCUCCUGUCUGUUUCACAACUUCCAAAGAAGUAUAUUUCUUCUUUGUACUUAAUGUCACAUGAAGUGCUUUGAUUCAGAAAGGAUAUAUUUAUUUUUUGAAUAAAGAGAGAAGUCUUACUUGGAAUCUUCAAAUUAUUUUGCAAAUAAAAAAGUCACUUAUUGUGAAAGCCUACAUUAUGUAAUAUUUUUUUCAUGAAGCACCAUGUAGUUCACUCAAAAAUUUUCUUUUUUGCUGUGAGAUACUAAGAUGCAAAGUGAAUACUUCAGGAUCCCCCAGAAGGAAUCUAACAGAAGGUGGAAAGGGAGAUUCUGCCAGAUUAUGGUGAAGUAACUAAUAAGAAACUACAUAAGCAUGUAGUUGUUUAUCUGAAUGUUAAAUAUUUAAAUCUGUAUAAAGUGGCAAUAAAAAGGUGAUUUUUGGAUACA